AUGCUGUCCCCCUCGACCUGCUCGCUCUCGAGGCCAGCCCCUCCCGUCCAGCCCUCGCAGUCUCUCGAAGGCAUGGAGAAGGUCAUCCCCCCUGGCCUCCCCGUCCCUUACGCCCACACCGUCUCCCGCCUGCACCUGGACAAGCCUCUGCCCGACCUCCCCGAGAACCCGCCAACACCGUUCAUCGGCUCAACCGCCUGGAGCGACGACAGCAGCACCGUCAACAGCUUCGACGACGACCACAGCGUGUCCAGGCCAAGGACCGCCGAGAGUUACCCCGUCUUCGUCCGGUCAGGCUCGGCCGAUCUGCCCGAUUUCGUCGAUCCCUCCGUCCCCGUCUCCGUCUCCCCGCUGGACCGCACCGCGUCUCCAUCCGCAGACCCAUAUCACCAUGAGAUCCACCAGAAGACUGUCCCCAGACUUACUUUCUUGAACACUGAGGAAACACCGCCGGGGUAUACUGGUCCUACGCCGCAGCCGCAUUGGAAUCCAACUCCCCAAGCUGGCCCGAAUCACUACUUCCGCGAGAAGAAGUGGGAUUUCUUCCCUGAACUCGCUCCGUCGGGUUUACCCCAGAAUCACAACUCACCCCGCACUUGCACAAACGCCCCGCGCCCACGCAAGAAGGACAGUGGACGCUCACGAUGGAUUGCUCUACCGUCGGAAACCGGAGCAGCGAUAGCUAACGACGUCCGCAACUCCUUCCGCUACAUCCAGCGCCGUCUCUCGCGCCACUCCCUCGAAAAGGAAAAGUCCAAGGAAAACCAGCGGCCCACAACGGCCCCGAACCCAGUCGUAUACCCCCGCAGUCCGUACCCAGUCGACCCAUCGCCUCGAAGCCAAACAGCCCCGUUACCCGACGCCGACCGCGACAGCUUCACACCGUACAGCCAUACCAGCGCAGACCCGCUGUGUGUCGGCCACUGCGAGAAGCAAGCGGUGUCCAACACAGACAUCUCCCUCACCAGCACCCCAACCGGCUCCACGAUCUCCGACCAGUCACUUAUCGCACUGGAAAGAGAAAGCCACCUCGAAAUGCCCGUGCCCCCGAACAAGCAACCCGCCGUCCCAACCUCCCUCUAUCAACGCUACGGCGCCGCUAUCUGGGAUAAAUCGGGCAAGGAGAAGAAACGGCUCAGCUACCCUCGCCAGACCCCACGCGUGCGGUUCCCAAAAUACCGGAACAGUGGACGUCGGGAAUCGUCAAUCAGGGAUAACGCUGCCUUGUCUGUGUCACCCCUCAACCCCAAGCCCUCGGCCUCCUCGCCAGCCCUAGUUUCAGGGUCAGGGUCCGGCCUACAUCAGGGAACCCGGCACGCGGUGAAAGUCCUACAAGACGGAACCAGCCACGUGCUCGUCGCGAUUGACGGGGCGAGAAAGAAGAUCAUCCACUCGGGAUCCGGCAACGCAUCCGAAGCGAAGCUGGAUAAGAAGCGGACGGAGCUGAAGUCCCAGAUCCGGCUGAUUGGGCCGGUCAAUCCGUAUUCUCACGGAAGCGAUCCUUGGAUCUGA